CAUUGUAAGAAAAACAUUGUUAAAGAGUAUAGGAGAUUAAUCAGUAGUUUCGAUAAUGCAUGUUGAAAAAAUAGAAACGUCGAACCGAUAAAAUAUGCAGAACUGUACUACUGGACAAAGUGUACGUACGUUUGCGGUACUUGGACGAUGUGAAUACGCGUUGUCUUCCCCAAAACAGAAGCAUGUUUCACCUAAUAAAACAUGAGUUAAAUAAAAUCAGCAUCAAUUCGAUCAGAUCGGUAAGAGCAAGAACGUUAAAUUCAUCGUCUACGAUACAGCUACCAGAACACGCGGAUGUUGUUGUAAUAGGUGGUGGUAGCGCAGGUUGUAAUGCUCUUUAUCACUUGGGAAAAUGUGGCGUUAAUGCCAUUCUAUUGGAUAAAUCAAAAUUAAUAUCUGGUACUACAUGGCACACCGCAGGUCUUAUAUGGAGUAUACGCGGGCCUAAUGAUGUUGAAAUGGAGUUACUGAAUGUUACAAAACGCAUUUUAAACUCUUUAGAAGAUGAAACUGAUAUCAAUCCCGGGUGGAUAAACAACGGUGGAUUGCUCAUCGCUCAUUCGAAUGAACGAUUAGCCGAAUAUAAAAGAUUAGUUACCGGCUCCAAAGCUUUCGGUAUCGACGCCGAACUGAUCUCCUCUAGAGAAGCAAAGAAAUUAUUUCCUAUCUUAGAUGAGAAUGCUUUUCAAGGUGCCAUUUACUGUUCGGAAGAUGGUUGCGUCGAUCCGAGUAUGUUAAUAAACGCUCUAGUAAAGUCAGCGAAAAAUAAUGGCUGCCAGAUAAUCGAAGAUUGUCCUGUAACAAAGUUACUCGUAAAGGACACCGUCUUAAAUAAGAAAAAAGUUUACGGUGUCGAAACACCGUAUGGAAUUAUAAAAACAGAUGUUGUUCUUAAUGCUGCUGGAGCUUGGUCCAAAGAUGUUGCCAAUACGGUUGAAAUGGAUAUUCCUUUAACACCGAUUAAACAUGCUUAUAUUGUUACGGAACCAAUAGAAGGAGUUCAGAAUCUUCCAAACAUUAGGGAUGCAGAUAUCAGUGUAUACUUUCGAAUUCAGGGUACCUCGAUAGCUAUAGGUGGUUACGAACAGAAUCCUAUUAUACUACCAUCCGCGCCUGCAAACUUCUCGUUCCGCUUGUACGAGUUAAAUUGGAAUACAUUCAAUGCACACCUAGAUUCGAUGAUCCAAUUGAUUCCUAAAUUAUCAACAACUGGAAUAAAAAGCACGGUAUGCGGCCCAGAAAGUUUCACGCCUGAUCAUAAACCAAUUAUGGGUGAGGAUCCCCGCUGUUCUGGAUUGUUUUAUUCUUGUGCUUAUAACAGUGCUGGAAUGAUGUUAGGAGGUGGAUGCGGAGAACAAAUUGUACGUUGGAUAAUCAAUGGCCGACCAGAUAGUUACAUGUUCAACUAUGAUAUCAGAAGAUUUAUUCCAGAGCAAAGAAACAAUAUGAUUUGGAUGAACGAAAGGGCUCACGAGGCGUACGCGAAAAAUUACAACAUUGUAUUUCCGCAUGACGAGCCAUUAAGUGGCAGGAAUCUCAAAACGGAUCCUUUUCACGAUUUACUUAUCGAAGAGGGUGCUGUUAUGGAAGAACGCCAAGGUUGGGAGCGACCUGGAUGGUUUUAUUUAAAUAAGAAAUUAAAGAUUAUACCAUAUGAUUACGGUGGAUACUAUAAUAAACCGAAAAAUGAAAAUUAUGAAUAUCGUACAGUAUUGGAAAAAGAAUACAGUUUUCAUCUUUCACCAUACGAUAACAUAAUUCGAGAAGAAGCUCUCGCCUGUCGCAGAAACGUUGCUGUAUUUAACAUGUCCUAUCUUGGAAAAUUCUAUCUGUGCGGACCAGAUGCACAAAAAGUUGCAGAUUACUUGUUUACAGCAAACACAAAUUGUGAUUUCAACAAAACAGUUUACACGUGCAUGCUUAAUCAUGCUGGAGGAGUAGAAAUGGAUUGCACGGUUACAGUUAUGGAACCAGGUUCUAGCGAAAUCGUAAAUCCAAUAUUUAAAGAGAAAGCAUUCUAUAUCGUUUCAAGUGGUUCAUCAGCAUAUCAUACUUGGGCUCAUAUGAGCAAAGUUAUAGAGGAAAAUAAAUUCGAAGCAUCGCUACACGAUGUUACCGAACAAAUCGGGCUACUGUCUGUACAAGGACCUAAUAGUCGAAAGGUAUUGGAAGCACUGAUAGAAGGUGACCUCUCGGAUAAAAGCCUCGAAUUGUCAACUACAAAAUUAGUCAAAAUUAAGAACGAAGUAGUGCGCUUGAUUAGACUUAGUUUUGUUGGCGAACUUGGUUUUGAGUUGCACAUUCCAAAAUCAUCCUGUCAAAAAGUCUAUGCAGCUUUAAUGGAUUGCGGCAAACCAUACAACAUAAAACUUGCUGGAUACAGAGCGAUGUACAGUCUUAGUUGUGAAAAAGGUUAUCACCUGUGGGGCUCGGAUCUUAGACCGGAUGAUAAUCCAGUGGAAGCUGGAUUAGCUUUUAGUUGUCGCGAUACUGGUCGAUAUCUUGGAAAAUUGACAGUCGAUCGAUCGCGACAAAAUGGAAUUAAAAAAAGGCUGGUCCAAGUCCAUCUAACUAGCGAUUCUGUUCCGAUGUGGGGUUUAGAAGCUAUAUACAGAGAUAAUUCUCUCGUUGGCUAUUUACGAAGAGCAGAACGAGGAUAUAGCUAUGGAAAUUUUAUCGGGCAUGGAUAUAUCAAACAUCCAAAUGGAGAAAAUGUGACACGGGAAUUCCUGGAAACUGGUAGCUACGAAAUUGAAGUAAUGGGAGAACGACACGCAGCCGAUAUUUAUCUUCGUAGCCCAUUCGACCCUCGAAACAAAAGGCUUAUGGGAAUAUACGAAAAUGAAAAUAAUUCGUAAUUCCCAAAGAUUUAACAAAAUCUUUAGUUAUAAUUUAUUACCAUCUACUACCCUGCCAAAGGAUUAGCAUGUAUAGUUACGUUGUUUAUGCGAGUUUCAUUAAGCGGUUUGUAAUUUUUUGGAUUUACAGGUAAUUUUUCUAAUUGUUCAAGAGUUUCUAAGCCGUCUAUUACCCUGAAAUUAAAAAUCUUUUCAAGUA